AUGGCCUCGGAACAAGCGGAUAUCACGGUAUUGGGCCGAGAUCGGAUUGACCUCUUUAGGUUAAAAACUAAAGAGACAAGCUUUCUUCAAGGCAUUGAGAGUGGUCCGAUGCUUCUGUGCAAAUUUCUGAGUCAACAAAGCAGGAAACUGAAAAUAAAAACAAAGUUCCGCGAUCUUGAACAACCUCAAAGCUCCGAUGGCGAAGAAGUAGGAACUAUACUCUCUUUCGCCGAUCUAUCGCCUGCGAAUAAUGAAUACAAUGUUCUGUCCCGACAAUCCUACCAUACGAUCCUUCCUCAAUCAUCUAUUAAUAUCAACGUUUCCCAUAAAGAGAAGCCUGAGAAAAUCUCACCUGGGAAUAGAAUAUUAACUCCUUUCCUGGUGAUAGAUGACCCCGAAGGGGAAAUAUUAUCCACGGAACAAAAUCGGCAAUUACACUUGAAACAUUUGGUCAUCAUUCUCGAUGCGGAUGACCUACGUGAUGAUGGGAUUCCAAUUAGCCGAAAUUUAUCGUGGGAAAAAACAGCUACACAUACGGUAGAGCUGUUUAAGUCUGCCAAACUCUUGGGCGAUACUAAGACAAAAAUUCAAUGGAUUAUUCGCUUCAGCCAGGCGGGUGUAGUUGUUCUCAAGGAAGGCCCGAAACCACAAAACGAAAUCUACUUCGACUCAGAAAAUGGGGAAGGUGAUGUUAUUGGACCGCGCUCUAUACCUCGCUCAGCAGUCAAAGCAGCGUUUCUAAGUGGAUUCAUAUUCAGCAUGGUGGCUCAGAGGAAGCAAAGAACUCAACGUAACAAAAGACUGAAGUACAAAUUAAUGCCGGCGAUCAAGAGGGGGCUAUGCAGUAUCCAUUCUCUUGGGAGAAAGAAGUUUCCUGAUCUUAAAAACUUUGCAAAGUUGUCGCUCCAAUACCCGAAGCUGAAGCCGAAAAUGAAAAGUGGGCCAUACCUGGGACGUGCCACAAUUCCGUCGAACAAACAAAAGUGGUCAAUUUUGCAACAGAGUGAGGAACAAGGAAACACUGCUAACCAGACUUUGGAAAACAAUAUUUUCAAUCUCGCUACACGAAUCGUCAACAGCGGAAUUAAGAAGACUUUGAAAUCUGUCCCUAUUGUCAAAUUCGGCGAGAUUGUCGCAGCCGACAGGUCGACAAUUGAAAAUUUUCAUACGAUUUCAAACAAAAUUGAAGAAUAUCUUCAGGACGACUCGAAGAAACCGCUUUCUAUUGGAGUCUUUGGCGCACCUGGGUCUGGAAAAUCGUAUGGGAUCAAACAAAUUAUUCGAAAGGUUACUAGAAAAAACUCCGUUGAAGACCCCAGUGGAGACUCCGAGGGAGAGACUGAAGAAGAGACCGACGAAGACAUUGUUGACGAGUCUGAUGGAGCUGCUGAUGAAGAAUCCGUUGAGGAGACUAAUGGGGUGUCUGGCAUAACGUUCAACGGAGUGUCCCAGAAAUAUCCCGAGAUGUAUUACAAUCUUUCGCAAUUCCUGGACUACUCCAACCUCGUGGUGGCCUUCCAGAAAGUUCGCGACAAAAUUGUAUCAGAUCAGGUUCCUAUUGUCUAUUUUGAUGAGUUCGAUACGACCUUGGGUGGAGAACUAGGAUGGCUCAAAUAUUUUCUGGCUCCUAUGCAAGACGGAACUUUCUUUGACCAUGGCGAUAACCGGCCAAUUGGCAAGGCCAUUUUCAUCUUUAUCGGGGGUACUGCGCACACGUAUGAGGCCUUUAAAAAGGACAACAUCCAGAUCAUCCCCUCUGCUGGAUCAGCAACAGAUAUCUCGGAAAUAACUCAUCAACGAAUGGCACAGCAACAAAUGACACAGCAAAAAGUAACACAAGCGCUGACAGAAGCGCUCCAAGAAAUGGCAGACGCACAAAAAGCACAUCAGAAUUCUGAGGAUGCAGAGCAACAAAUGGCAAAGGCAAAGCGAAGGUUAGCGUCAGCGCAGCAGCAUAUAGCAGAGGCAGAGCAAGAACUCGCAACACAGCACAAUCAAGAUCGACGGGGCUCCGAUCAAUCUCAUGCAGCAACGCACAGUUUCAACACGGCUUUGCAGAACAUUGAAGCUGCUAGAGCGUCGAAGGCUGACAGAGCUGUCAAAAAGCCAGACUUUGUUAGUAGGUUGCAGGGACACCUUGAUAUCCCCGGAUAUGACAAAUUGCCUGGAGACGAGCCCGUAUAUAUGAUUCGACGUGCUAUUAUUAUCCAUUCAAAGUCAAGACAGAAAGGGUUUGCCGGUGUGGAGCAUGACGUACUCAGUGGGCUGCUCAAGGUGAAGAAAUACAAGCAUGGCGCUCGCUCUAUCGAAGCUAUUAUUGAUGGGAGCUCAACAACGGGAAACAAGAAUAAACUUGAUCGUGGUGCAUUGCCUGAUGAUCUGCUGGAUCAAAACUUGAAUUUGAAUGAAUUCGACGGCCUUGUUAAGGGAUAUCCCACGAAUGAUCGUACUAAAGUGAAGAAACGAUCAAGCUAUGAGCUCAAUGAUAGUUCCGAUGAACACGAAGGACCUAUUGGUGAAAGGAAUAAAGAAAACAAAAAGUCAAGAAGCAAAGGAUGCAACCCUAGCCGUAUGCAAUACCCUUCUAUCCUGUGA